CUUUGAAAGCAACCAAUGGUUGGGUUUGUAAUGAAUUUAUUGUCAAAAAUACCGCAAAUGUUUCACUAAUUAAUGAAUUCAUUGUUUUUGCCGUUCAAUGCAUUCAACGCCUGAUUUUGGGAAAUGAUUUCCAUCUGAACUGUUGAGCGCAUCGGAGCCACACAUUUGGGCCACACGUCACCCAAUGCUGGAAGCGAUCGGCAAAGACAUGAACGACUCUUCGGAGGCGAGCGAGGCGUCCAAGAAGUGCAACAAAAUAGUGGUUCCCAUUGAAUGGAAACGCAAAGUGAAGACCGAAUACACCCGACUUCGGGAGAUCAAGAGAUAUAAACGCAAUGACGUGAUGAAGGGUGCGUACGUUAGCAACAGGAAUGAGAUCACAGAAGCGCUGAAACACAUGAACCAAUUGAGGACUGAAUCCAAUGCUGUGGUGAAGUUCCCGACGGAUGUGCCCACACAUCACUCAAUCAUGAAAAGGUGUGAAAUCCGUCCUCUCGACACAUCCAACGCCAAUAACAAGCAAUCGGUUCCCAUUCGUAUGAUGUAUGCCGUGACACCCAUUCCCACAAUGUACACGUGGGCUCCCAUUCAGCAAAAUUUUAUGGUCGAAGACGAGACUGUCUUACAUAACAUCCCAUAUAUGGGCGAUGAAGUGCUGGACACCGACGGCUCGUUCAUCGAAGAGUUGAUUAAGAACUACGACGGGAAGGUUCACGGAGACAGAGACUCGGAGGUCGACGAAGUGUUUGUUGAAUUGGUUGACGCACUCAAAGCUCCGCAGAAGAAAGGAUCCAAAAGUGAGGCCAUCGAUGGCGAGAACACCACUAAUGGUGUGAAACGAGACAAACAAAUCACUUUAAGAAGUGAACGCUCGACUACUGCCACACAAAUGACUCGAAUUCAGACCAAAAUACCCAAUCAUAUGAUAUACCACGCGAUCGCCGCCGCCUUCACAGACAAGGGAACCCCUGAAGAAUUGGAAGAAAAACACGCGGAACUGAUACGAAAGCGAGAGAGCGGAGUGUCUGCACAGCCGCUUGAGUCCACUUUUAAUAUCGAUGGAAAUCAUACUCAGUCUUAUCCGAGGGAACAGACAAUGCAUUCAUUCCAUACACUGUUCUGUCGGCGAUGUUUCAAAUACGACUGUUUUCUUCACCCCUUUCAACCCAUUCGUGACAAUAAGAGGCGACACAAUAACCUCGAGAAGAAGUCGGAGCCGUGCGGUUCCAAAUGCUUUCUACAUAUCGUAUGCUAUUAUUUGCUUACAAAUUGUUUGCAUNGUAAAGCCUUUCAACCCAUUCGUGACAAUAAGAGGCGACACAAUAACCUCGAGAAGAAGUCGGAGCCGUGCGGUUCCAAAUGCUUUCUACAUAUCGAUUCAGUGAAAGAAAAGAUCUUUAAAGAGAAACAAAAACAAGAGGAAAGGCGUUCGUCGAGGAAUCAGAAUAAUGGGAACGACAGCGGAAACGAUGCCAGCAGUGAAGACAGUAAUGAUUCAAUCAAAUCCCUCCCAAUUAAAGACACUCAGAGCAAAAGUCGUUGCCAUUCGCCCCAACUCUCCAACUCAGAGAUAUCAUCAAAUAAAAUGUGUUCAGACGAUGACAGCAAUAAUCCGCUGAUGACUCCGAAACGAAACAAAUAUCGGCCGUCAAAAAACUUUUCGCCGCCAAAUAAUCAC